CUAGACAUUUCGGUAUGAAUUGCAAAUCCAGAACCCAUUAUUGUACAUUAUAUUAUCCCAAAUACUCAAUAUGUGUCAUAAUCCUAACGCUCCCUCAGUCCCAAGAAUAGGGAAUGAAAAGGCGGAUUGUGUGUUUAUAUCGCUAUCUUCAUGUUCUCUCUCCAUUUUAGAGGACCUCCCUGUCUCUUCCUCGUCCUCCUCCACCAUCUUGUCCACCAAACUGACAGCUCAAAAUGGAGCUGCCCAGCGUCCCUCCCUCCUCCAGCUGCCCCCCGAGGUCCUCCUGGUCGUCCUACGUCACCUCGGACCCCGCGACCUCCUGCGGCUCUCCAUCACUCACCCUUCCCUCCAGCCACUGACCUUUGACCCCAGUCUCUGGACACACCUCCACCCGGUGCGUUGGGCGUGUGGCCACUGGGAGUUCUUCUCUCCGCCGGCGUUCACACUCAUGGCCAUGGGAGACGGGGGAGGUGGAGGGGAGGAGGAGGUCAUGGCGAUACAUGAUGCAGUCAUUGAGAACGAUGCGGUGAAAGAGCUAAUGAGUGUGGAAGGAAAUGUCAACGCUAACCUCCGCGGCAAGAAAUUCCUGGUAGGAGACGAGGGUGGGCUCUAUAUGGAGCGAGAGGCGCAGGUCCUUACUGGUCUGAUGGAGCACGUUCUCCCAAGGGUUGGUAGCCACACCCUCUCCCUUGACCUCGCCCAUGGGAAGGCCGUCUCAAAUGCCAUUGUGUUCAGAAUGCUGAGACAUUGUCCCAACCUCAGCUACUUGGACCUGUCGUACACUGGCAUCUCUGACUUUGCCUUUCAGGGUCUGCUGUCCAGUAGUGGUAACCACUGGAGGUUGAGUCACGUUGAUCUGACAGGCUGCAGUCUCAUCACAGACACCUCUCUGCAGAGACUGGCACAGGCCGUCUCUCCACCAUCCACUCACAACACCACAUCCUUCAGAAAAGUAUACUAUCUUAGUACAUCUGUAUGAAGUCCAGUUUAAUGCUAAUGUGGACUUGAAAACAAUGAUUGAUUGUAGAGAACUAGUAAAGCUAUGCACUCUGUUGUACAUUCUGUGUCAGCUAGUGUCUCCUGUUUUGUUGCACAGUGUUGUGGAGGAGGAGGAGGAAGCCGUAGAAAGGAGAGGAGGGGAGGGGGAGAAGUGGGAGGAGGAGGUGGUGGUCGUGAGAAGGCUGAGAAUGCUGUGUGUGAUGGAGGAGGAGGAGGUGGAGGUAGGAGAGAGAAGAAACAGACAAUGCUGCAAAGCCUUGUUCUUUCUGGCUGCCAUCAGAUCACUGACGUUGGAUUGAGAACCCUGGCAGUGGGAGGGGGCCUACCUCAUCUCCGCUAUCUCAACCUGUCCGGGCUCCCCAACAUCUCGCAGCGAGGACUGAGCGACCUUACGACCUCUUGCCCUUCCCUCCACCCGGAGCUACUGUUCUACUGCGACAACCUCGGGGAGGGUCCGUACGCUGACUGUGCCAGCGGGUGCCAGAAUGUCGGUCUCUCCCGGCUCGCCUGCUGUCGCGCUAACUUCUGACUGUCUCGUACCGUAGAAGUGGGACUACGAUGAAAAUUUGACAUUUUUUAUCCCCCUUAUCCAUGCUUUGUAUUCAUGGCUUCUUAUUUGUGGUAUAUCUGUGUACAUGCGCUCAUUUUGUGUGUUGGAAGUGAGCAUAAUUACGUUUCAUCCCAUUUGCAAAAUUACAAUAUGUAUAAUGUAUUAGAUGAACCACAGCAGUGAACAAACAAAGUAUUCAAGCAUUCCAACAAAACAUUUUCCUGCUUUUUCAUGGUUUUCAGUGCAGCCAACUUUAUUCAGUAGACA